GACAAUGGAUCCUACGAAAGUUAUCUUUCAUAGAAUUUUUUGGGUUUUCGGACCAUCCAUUAAAGGUUUUCCCUACUGUCGCCCCCUUAUUUCCAAAGAUGGUACACAUUUGUACGGAAAGUACAAAGGCACACCUAUGAUUGCUAUGUCGAUAGAUACAAAUUCUCAGUUGUUCCCACUUGCCUUUGCCAUUGUCGAAGGAGAAAGCAACGACACAUGGAGUUGGUUUUUGGAUUGUAUAAGGCAGUAUGUGACUAAAAGGGAUGGCUUAUGUGUCAUAUCUGAUCGUCAUAAGGGAAUUUUGCAUGCAAUGAAUAGAGUUGGAAAAGGGUGGGAAGAGCCAUAUGCAUUCCAUCGUUUUUGUAAACGCCAUCUUGCUUCGAAUGUGCAUAAGAAGUUCAAGAACAUAACAGUUAAAAACUUAUUUGGAAAAGCUUCUGAACAAAUAAAGAUUCGGAAAUAUAAUUUCUAUAUGAAUCACCUUAAAGAGUUUAAUGAGGACGCGUACAAGUACUUAGUGGAUGGUUCUAUUCCUAAGCGCCAGUGGAAUUUGAUUCAUGAUGGUGGGCAUCGCUAUGGAGUGAGAACUACAAACAUGUCUGAAGCGUUCAAUGGCGUAAUGAAGGGGGCUAGGUGUCUCCCAAUCACUUCAUUAGUUAGGAUGACAUUCAACCGAGUUAACGAAUACUUUGCCAAGAGGAGGGAUUUAGGGAGAACAAGAUUAGAAAAUGGACAUGUGUAUGCUAAGAAACCUACUGAUACGAUUAAUAAGAAUUUUAAAAAAGCUCGCUUUCAUGAUGUUAGGGUAUACGACACAGUACGUGGGAUAUUUGAGGUGACUACUGGUCGAGGCAACAGGAUAGCAGGAAAAGGUGGAAAAUGUUACAUGGUUGACCUCACUUCAACUUCAUGCUCUUGUCAGAAACCAACCAUGUUCAAGUUACCAUGCUCACAUGUUCUUGCAGUAUGUCGUGCUCGUAACAUUUCAUAUGAUGCUUUUGUGGACCCUUCAUUUCGCACUACAGAAUACGUGUCCACAUAUAAGAAGACCUUCAUACCUGUUCCAGACAUGUUCACUUGUGAUCCUUGGAAUGGUCCCACAGUUUUUCCAGAUCCAUCAACUAAGCGUGGAAAGGGACGUCCGCGAUCAACUCGCAUAAGAAAUGAAAUGGUUGCACCGGUUACGUGUCCUCGGAACACAUGUAGCGUUUGUGGAGUUGUUGGUCAUAAUAAGAAAACAUGUCCUCGUAGGAUUAGUGAAAGCUCAACUAGGAAUAAUGAUGAUGUCGGGCCCUGUUGAUCCAUCAGUACUUAAGCUUUAGGCGAACCAUCGGAGCGUACGUGCAUGGGAGGGGUCAACUACCCAGUUGGUGACUCGUCAUCAUUACCAGGCGAGUACGAGGGAUUGGCAGGUUGAUGAGAGAGUAUUAGAGUUAGUUGAUAUAGCUGGUUUCAUGUAUAUACAUCGUUUGUUGGGCGGCGGUUUGGAGCUCGAUCGAGCUCUGAUCACUGCAUUAGUUUAGAGAUGGAG